AUGUGUCCAGAUGUUCGUUACAACUAUGAAUGUUGCUCAUUCUUUUCCUUCAUGGAUUCAUUGAUUGACACUGCCGAGGAUGUGAAAGAGCUUAGAUUAGCUGGUGUGUUUCAAAACUUGCUUGGAACCGACGAAGACUUGGCCAAGCUCUUUAAUGAAUUGGGGGAUGAUUUGCCAACUAAAAUGUGCUGCGACAAAUUCUACACUCUUGCAGUGGCCUACAGCAAGAAAUAUAUUUUGGUGAAGGAGCAAAUUGAAAAGCAUUACAGCAAUAAAUGGAAGACAUCGUUGGCUCAAGUUUACAAUACUCAUUUCAAUACCCCUUGGGCCAUGAUUGCCUUUUUGGCUGCAUUACUAGCAUUACUUCUCACUUUAAUCCAAACCUGGUUCGCCAUAUUUCCUAAAAAAUGA